AUGGAGCAACCGGCCUACUACCUUUGCUUCUUCUUAGCUCUCCUCCUCCCUCUCCUGCUCCUCAAACUACUCAGGAAGCGUGGCGGUGGCGAUGGUGCCGUUCGUCUGCCACCCGGCCCCUGGCGGCUUCCGAUCAUCGGCAGCCUGCACCACCUCGCCGGCAGCCCACUCGUGCACCGCGUCAUGGCCGACCUCGCGCGCCGGCAUGACGCGCCGCUCAUGUACCUCAAGCUCGGCGAGGUACCCGUGGUGGUGGCCACGUCCCCGGAGGCCGCCCGCGAGAUCAUGCGGACGCACGACGUGGUCUUCGCCACGCGCCCCUCGAGCCCCACCAUCAAGAUCAUGAACGCCGACGGGGAAGGACUCAUAUUCGCGCGCUACGGCGCCCUGUGGCGGCAGCUCCGAAAGAUUUGCAUCAUGGAGCUGCUUAGCGCCCGCCGCGUGCAGUCGUUCCGUGGCAUCCGGGAGGACGAGGUCGGCCGACUCGUGGCCGCCGUCGCCGCGGCGCCACCUGGGGAGCCCGUGAAUGUGAGCGAGCGGAUCUCCGUGCUCAUCACCGACUCGGCCGUGCGUGCCCUGAUCGGGGACAGGUUCAAGAGGAGGGAGGAGUUCUUGCAGACGCUCGAGGACGGGGUCAAGCUCGUGGCCGGGUUCAACCUCUGCGACAUGUUCCCAUCGUCGUGGCUCGCGAGCUUCUUCAGCGACACGGCACGGCUGGCCCAGGAGAACCACCGCAAGAGCUUCGAGCUCAUGGACUACGCGAUCAAGCAGCACGAGGAGCACAGGGCUGCCGCGGCCGCCGCCUCGGGGAACGGCGACGUGGAGGAAGGUGAGGACCUAGUGGACACUCUGUUGAGGGUACGGAAGGAGGGUGGCCUGGAGGUGCCUCUUACCAUGGGAAUGGUCAAAGCAGUUAUACUUGAUCUAUUUGGUGCCGGAAGUGAAACAUCAGCAACCACCCUCCAAUGGGCCAUGUCGGAGCUCAUGAGGUACCCAAACGUGAUGCGAAAAGCACAAGCCGAAGUACGGGACAACCUCCAUGGAAAACCUAAGAUCACCGAGGAUGACUUGGCCAAUCUCAAGUACCUGAGGCUCGUCAUCAAGGAGACAAUGAGACUGCAUCCAGCUGCGCCAUUGGUCCUCCCCAGGGAGGCCAUGGAGCCUUGCAAAAUCCUCGGGUAUGACAUACCCAAGGGCACCACGGUGUUGGUGAAUGCUUGGGCAAUCGCGAGGGACCCUAAGCACUGGGAAGACCCCGAGGAGUUCAAGCCGGAGAGGUUCGAGUCUGGCACGAUCGAUUUUAAAGGCACCAACUUCGAGUACAUACCCUUCGGUGCAGGGCGGAGGAUGUGCCCUGGGAUGACAUUUGCGCAGGCCAGUAUGGAGAUCGUGCUCGCCGCGCUCCUUUACCACUUCAACUGGGAGCUCCCGGACGGGGUGAAGCCGGGUGAGCUGGACAUGGAAGAGGAGAUGGGCCUCACCGUCCGACGGAAGAACGACCUGUACCUGCACGCCGUGGUCCAUGUGCCCCCGAUUUGAUUUGCACAAUUAUAUUAGCAUUG